AUAUCGUAACGUCUCUGGUGGAAACGCAGCCUAAAAAGAAAUUUUCUUAGGACAUAGACUAAGAAUAAUAUUAAAUAAACAAAAAAAACGUAAAAACAUUUUGAAAUGUCAACGUCAACCGUCACUGUCAAUCAAUGUCAAAUUGAAAGAUUCGUGUUUUUAUUUGUUUUUCAUUCUAUCCAUUUUGUUUUGCUUAUUUUCAUUUUACUUUUAUUUUAUUUUCCCUUGCAUUUAUUUUCAUUAAUUUGUAUUAGUUUAAAUUUAUUUUAUUUAUCAUAUACAGAACUUAAAUAUUCCUCGUUAUUAAAUGGCGAAACAAAAUGAAAGUAAACGUGGUAAAAAGAGGAUUGAAAAGAAUUUUUGUGAAUAUUGCAAUAAAAUCCUUUUGGGAUCCUCGUAUAAAUUCAAAAUUCAUAUGUAUCAACACAGUACAGUUCGGCCUCUUUAUCAUUGUAAAUUGUGUAAUAAAGGUUUAUCGAGGAAAGACGCGUUGAAACGCCAUAUGGACGCUCAUACAGGGAACACAAGAAAAUACAUUUGCGACUACUGCGACCGCGAUUUUGUGGACAAGAGGAAUUUAAUAUCUCAUCUAUGGAUACACGAAGACAAUCAAAAUUCUCAAAAAUCCCCGAAAAAGAGACACACGUGCUUGGCUUGCGGCGUUUAUUACUGCGAAGAGCGUCUCCUAAAGUUUCAUAUACGAAAGGAACAUUUUAAUCUAACUACACCAACGCCAUCUAAUAUUCACGAGAAGAAAUUGAACGACACAUGGGUGGAGAGAGUGUCGGAAUCGGAAACAUACGUUCAAAUGACCAAAGUGAACAAUAAUAUCAUCACUAUCAAGAAAUGCGACAGUUUGACUGCAAAGGAACUGUGCGACACGGAAUUUAAAAUAAAAGACAAAGGGGUCACGGAAUAUUAUGAUGCGUACGCGCAUUUUCUUGCUUGUAAACGAGCCGAUUCGCAAUAUACAAAAGCUAUAUGCGAUUAUUGCAACAAAGAGAUGCUUAAGAAGAGUCUUUUAGCUCAUAUAAGGGAGAGACAUUUAAAUAUUCGUAAAUAUAAAUGUGAAACUUGUCAAUUUAGUUUUAAAAGACAUUAUUUGUUUGUUGAACACGCUUGUGGAAAGUCUAGAAGAAGGAGGCCAAAGAGACAGGUAAUUAGUUGAAAGAACACCCGCGGAUUGGACAUGGGUCACUGCAUAUUUGAAGACCCGUUGCCUUUGUCAUUUGAGAUACCUGGAUUGUAUUCUCUGGAGUCAGAGCAGUGGAGUGCGCUCGAGUUACUUAAUUGGUGCGGAAUAAAUUGUAAAGUUACCCAUGUCUACCGUGGAUGGCAUAGUGAUGCAAAAAACAUAUUGAUGUAGGAUACAUUUUCUAGAUAUUUACAAAAUUGAGGCCUGCAAAAUCAAAGACAGCUAGAUCCACAUCUGUGAAAUGUUUGGGAAACUACAAAAAGUAAUAUUAUGUCAAAAAAAUGGAACAAUAUUGUAUAUUUUAAACCAGAUUGGACAAAAAUUAUGGUAUUGUUAAUAGUAUAAAUUUUAAAUAAUAGAACUCCCUCUGUAUUUGAAUACAGAGUGAAAAUGAAAUCGAUUUAUUGGCGUUUAGCUGCCUUUUAGUUUUAUAGGCCCCAAUUGUUCUUAAACUUGUAAAUGGGUAACUUGAAGUUGUAGAUUUAAAUACAUAGAAGGUGUAAAAGAAAGGUGUAGUCCAAGAUAACUGUAUCAUUAAUAAUAGUUAAUUUUAAACUUGGGUCGUUUACACAUAUUUUAAAUUCACUAUCCUUACCAAAAACUGUUAUAAAUGUUUGCAAGUAACUAGUACCUUCAUGCCUACUUCUUUAUUGGCGACAUUUCGACGUAAACAUGACCAUAAUGUAUUUAAAAUAUUAAUAAUAAUAUUUACAAAUAUUAAGUAUUCUGAUAUAAGGAGUAUGAUAAAAAAUGUUUUUAGAAAACCCAUCGAAAAAGAUUGUCAAGUUUGCCUCAAUUUAUUUCCCUUUAAAACAGAGGAUCUCUUUGAAAACAGAAGAUGGGUAACCUACAUCGUUAAAAUGUAUCAACUUGUAUAUUUAAUUAAGUUUUAAAUCAAUUACAAUGUUUUGUUAUUUCAUAUUAUGUAAAUAUAGUACCUUAGUUUUUUUACAUUGGACUUGCUUUACAAAAAAUACUAUUACUGUUUGACUCGACAUUUGUUAUUGCAUGUUAUAUUUGAAAUUUCAACAAUCAUGGUUUUAAAAAAUAUAUUUAUUUGCAUGUAACAAGUCUUCCGUAUUGAAAAUUAUUUUUAAAUUAGUAUGUAAGUUUAUGGGGCCAAGAAAAUGUCUCUAAAAAUGUUAUGAGAAUUAAUAUGUAAGUUUUAAGCUAAAAUUCUCUUUUUUUACACACAGAGAAGGAUUAAUGAGUAGCUAUACUGGAAUCCAGUUUGAAUUGUCAUUCUCAGGUGUUAUGACUAUUUUUUAUUAAUUUGUUUAAAAAUUAGGUCUAAUAAAUGACUUCUAAGCAUAAUAGGCGUUAUAAAAAGGGGACAAUGUGAGUCGUGUCCAUCCCACAAUUAUCUGAUGUCUUCCCUGUGCCCACCCCAUAAUUAUCUGGUUAUGAUUAUGGGGUACAUAGAUUGGUAAUGUAAAAUAGAAAAUAUAAUAACCUAUAUAAAUAAUAAAUUUAUUGCCAUCUUUACAAACAUAGACAAAUUAUAAUGUACAUAAAUUAAUUAAUAAAUAUAUUGUGCAUUGUUCGUAUGCCUGGCAAUAGGUAAAUGUUAUAAAAUGUUAAAGCGAGAUAGACGAUGAGACAAUAAUUUGCAUAAUAUAUUAUCCAAAUAAAGUCCCAAACGUCCCCGAGUCGUACUUAAACUUACAAUAAAUACGUGAAUUUUUGCUAUUUUUGCAACUUCCAUUCCAUACAUAUAUAUAUUCUUUAUUGCACUUGUAAGUUACAUAUAAAAUAAUCCAUUUAUAAAUGUUGUGAGCAAGGGUGGACUUAUCUCUGACAGAGAUCUCUUCCAGUCAACCCAGUACAGUAAGAAAGCAUUUCGUUAGCGGGCAGCUGAAGUGCUACAACUAUUAAUACAUAAACAAAUAUACAGUUAAAUAAAAUAUUAAAAUAUAUAAUAAAAUAUUACAUAAAUACAUACACUAUAAAUAUAUACAAUACCUACCUACUUAUAUAGUAUAUGUUAAAAUAAAUUAAUAUACUACUUACAUUAGAAAUUUCGUUUAAUGAUUUUAAGAUUUGAGAGUUCAAUUAGAAAAAUAUUGAGAUCUGUCACGUGUACACAUUUACAAAACGCACAAACUAGUUUUUUUUUUUAAUGGAUGAUAAUGGAAUGGUAACCCCAUCCGCGCUAUCGGUAUACACCGGCGCGGCACCAGUGAAGGAUGAUAGGUGAGGAUGAAGCAGGUCAGUUAGCCCAUCGUGACGAAUCAACAAGAAUUGUUCACGAUAGUUUCCAGGGGGAACCACGGGGAGGUCCACUUAAUAAGGCAUAUAGCUAGCAAUAGGGCUGUCGAACUCCGUUGCUAACAAUCCCUUUCCCCCCGCACAAACUAAUGUAACCAUUUUCUCGUUUUUGUGUUUGCAUUGCCAAUCUGUCCGUACAUAGUAUAUUAUACGAUGUCAGUGCUGCCUACCCGAGAAUGCAAGGGGGGCAUAGCUAAAAAGCUACGUGCAAAAACAUAUAUAAGGGUACACAUUGUGCCUUCUCUGAGGGAACAGAUCCCACUGAAAAUAACCUUCAUAACUCCAAUGAUGUUUAAAUGUAAAUAAUGAAAUUUAGAAAUCGCCCUCGUCUUAAUAAAUUAUUGAUUAUUAAUUAAAUAGAUGUAUUUAAAAUUAUUUUCUAAUCUCAAAACUUGUAUGUAACACAAUGUAAACUGCCAAUAGUAAUUUAAUUAAAUAUACUUUUAGUCAUUUUGUUUGUGUACAUCUUAGAUUACAUAGAUAGAGGAUCGAGUCUCAAAAACGAGUCAACUUUUUGUCAGCUAAUUGUCAAAUUAGCGGUUUUUUUUUUUUAUGAAUGUUCUAUAUACUUACUCACGCAAUGUACCUUGACGUAUCUAUAUUUAAUUAUUCAAUAAAUAAAAUGAGUGUUUACGCAUUAAAAAGAUGCAGAAUUUAUAAGACAAAAUAAAUGUAGAAGUUAUAAAGGAAUCACUCAUAACUAUUUAUCAUGCAAAAUUUUAUGAAAAAGUUGAGCCGUUUUUCUCGAAGUAUUUGUAUGGAGACGCUCUAUCUAUAUAAUCUAAGUUUAUAUAUUAUAAUUAUAGUAACCUAUUAUAAUUGCAAAAUAGAUUGUCUAAGGUCAUGUCGUAUGAAGAAGUGCAAGCCAUCUUGUUACUCAACUCUGUGUUAUUUUGCGAAAGUCUAUAAUCACUGGGAAGUUCAUUAAAAUUAUUUUGUUUAAUUUAAGAUUGACUGCUAUUAGCAUUACCAGAAGUUCUAUAAUCUUCAAAUAUUAGUCAUCAAUCUCCGACCACUAUUCGGUCCAAGCACGUUUUGUGACACGUGCUUCACCUCAAUAAGGCGUUUUCCGUGAAAUUAACACCCAUAAUCGCAUGUUAUGUUAUGCCUAAUGUUAACCGUUCGGCUCUCAGACUAUGUUUUAGAUGAACUAAUGCCAACCACUCUUUGGAAGUAACUUCUAGCAGCAGUAUUUCAGAACGGAUACGACAUUAUAACCUUCAAGAAAAGAGCAUAUUCCUUUCUAAAAGGCCGGCACACCUGCGAUGCCGUUGGUGCUGCGGGUGAUUAUGAGCGGCGAUAGUCACUUACCAUCAGGUGAACCGCGUGCUCGUUUGCCCUCUGUCUUAUAAAAAAAAAUUAACCAGUGGUAUGGACUGCCAUAAAGUAACACCUAAUUCAGUUGAAAUAAUAUAUAUUAACAUAAAUCAUAGCAAGACACAAUAUAUUGUCUAUAGUAUUCUUCGAGUGACCACAGACAUAUUUACUUAUAUAGACAAAAAUGUCUGACCAAUGAAAUGAACAAAAAUCAAGACUGAAAUAUUUAAUGUGCCUUAUUACAAUUUAUUAGACCCCUUAUGGGACAUAGAUGGUUGAUAGUGGUCGAUUCUGAAGCUACAUAUCUCUAAACUUGUCUUUCAAAUUAACCCUUUGCACUCCAGCCUACUAACUCAUAGAGGAUACCAAUAACUCGAGCACUGUAUUAAUUACAAGUACAUACCUGUGAUGUAAAAGAAAAAUGGAGUCGUUGCAAUCUGUCCGACUCUAGAAUAAGGGCAUACGGGUAUGCGAUCCCGGCCUCCCGAGCCGCUGCAGUGUCCCCCCCCCCCUUUCCUUUCCCACACAAGUCCCUUAUUCCCCUCAUUCACCGGGAAUUCAGAAUUCAUCCACAUUCAGAGGGUUGACGUCAGGUAGGUGGCCGGUCGUAAAACUAAAAACCCAAAUCUUUUUGUAAUAUGGAUAAAAUCAUAUUACGCCGACCCCAAAUGAUUGGGAUAAGGGUAGGAGGAUGAUGAUGGUGUCGUUGCAAUAAAACAAAACAUUUAUUUCUUAGCUAUUUUAUAAAGGGCGCUGAGUCAGUAAAACAACCGUGUUGCCGUAGCCGCGACAUUGGAUUUAAUGUUAGCAUUUUAAUGUCGCAAAUACAGUGGCAAUGGAGUGCAAAGGGUUAAAACUUCAAUAUGGUGUCACAGCGGAAUGCCGUUUUAAUUCAGGGCACUGUUGGGGGUACCCUAUCGCUGUAGUGCGUCACAAGUUUGCACGAGAGCGUACGGAUGAUUAUUACGCAAUACGGCGCAAAUGAAUUGUUUCGAUGUUGGGUAGGGUGCGUGUUAGCUCAAACAGUGUCCUGAAGACAAUUGCUAAUAAAAUGGACUGUCCCAUCCUAAAAUAUUGGGUGGGACAGGUUAUCAAUGCAAGAGCGUUAUGACCGCUCAUUUACUAACAUAGGUUAAGUCAAUUUAUAACUAACAAAAUGGGCCUUACGUAGUCUGAUUAAAUAAAUAUUAUUAUUAUUAAUACUGGCUGUUGACACUGAAGUUUUUAGAACACAUAUAAUUAAAAAAAAUAUGAGCUUUUUUUUCACAUAAUUGGAUUUUUUAUAUUACAAAUAAAUAUGUUUUGCUAUGCCAUUCUGCUGUUAACAUCAAAAUGGUUAUAGGAAUUAAUUUAUGGUGGCCCAUGAAACAAUAAUUUCGUGAAAUUAUCGAAUUAAAAUAUUAGAUUGAGAGAUAGGUUUGGAAAAAUUGCGCCUCAGAAUCGAUCCUAAUGUAAUUUUUUAUACAAUUUAUUGAGGAUUUUUUUUUAUAAUUCCCUCUGUAUGUCAAUAUUAUUUCAGACGAUGUAUACUUAUUUAAUAUUAAUAUACGUCAAAUAUGUUAAUAAAUAUUUUAAACACA